CCACGCGGCAAGGCGGCACAAGCAAAAACAUCCCCGCCGCCGCCGACGCCGCCUCGCCGCCGGCAAUGGCGUGGCUCGCGCGCUCCAUAGCCAACACCCUCCUCGCCCCCGAGGACCCGGACGAGGGCGAAGACCCACGCACGUCCGCCUCCGGCUCCGCCUCCCCGCCUCGCGGCGUCCGCGAGGACCUCUCGGAGCUCACAGGCGCACUCGCGCACCGCUUCCAGGGCCUCGCCUCCUUCCUCGCGCCCGCGGAUGCCGACGGCGGCGGCGCACCGGGACCGGCAGAGAUCGCCGGCCGGUUCCGCGCGGGCCUCGCGCGGCUCCCCGGCCGCCAGGCCGUCGCGGAUCUCGCGAAGAUCGCGUCCUCGCUGCUGCCCCCCGAGGGCGGCGACGGGGAUGCGGCGGAGGCGCCAGGGUUCACCGAGGAGGCGGUCGCCUUCGCGCGGGACGCCGCCAUGCGGCCCGAGCUCUGGCUCGACUUCCCCCUCCUCCCCGACGACGCCGACUCCGACGAUUUCGACAUGACCGACGCGCAGCAGGACCACGCGCUCGCCGUCGAGAGCGUGGCGCCGGAGCUGGCUGACCUGCGGAUCGAGCUUUGCCCGAGCCACAUGAGCGAGGGAUGCUUCUGGAAGAUAUACUUCGUGCUGCUCCAUCCCAAGCUUACCAAGGACGACGCCGACCUCCUCUCCACUCCACAGAUUUUGGAAGCUAGAAAGAUGUUGUCACACAAUUUGCAACAUGAGUCAAACCUAGACAGCAACGACGGCAGAGUGGCUGUUCCUUUCAGUAAUAUAGAUGGUAAUGUACCUUCUCCGGUAGCAGCUGUGGGCACAUUAAAGAAUGAAGAUGACUCUGCAAGGGCCACGGCCUUUAGCAACGUGGACUAUGGCACACCUCAACCUGUAAUUCUGGAAACACAAUCAAGUGACAUGCUCAAUGAUGCUGGAGCUCUUCACGCAGAUAAUAUCACCAGCAGUAUACCUGUACAACUUGUGCCUGUAUUAAAAGAUUCCACUGAGUUCUCGCAAUCUAGGAUGGAAGAGAGCACCCAUGAUUUCACUGCACAAGAUACAGUAGCAAAUGAACAGCCUGGACAGUCAUCUGAGAUAACACUACAGGCCAGUCCUGAGGAGCGACGGAAAGAGCCAUCGACUAACCUCAGUGAGCAAUCAAGAGUUGUCGUUCAGAAGACGAAUGAUGAUGACAAUAUUGAUGAUGGGGAUGAAUGGUUGGAAGAGGAGACUGGUGGUGGUGCUGGCAACACAACGAUUCCAAUGGCAGAUGAUGAAGAUGUAUCAUUUAGUGAUCUGGAAGAAGAUGAUGCUUGAUGCCUACAUCAUGGCACCAUCAGCAGGUUUGAUGCUCUGCUUCCUUCAUGUGAUAUUCUGUUUGCAAUACACGGUAAGAUACUCUGCUUACUGAUGGGCUUCUGUGAUCGGCUGCUUCUGUUGCAAAAUUUAGGUCUCCCCUCUCAUCUCUGCAUGAAGUGAAUGCAGCUUCCUAUCCAGGAUCCCAUUCCCAUUUUUGAAGUUUAAAAUGUGUUUGGUUCGUGGACGAGGUGGGAUAGAUUGGAUCUAUCCCUAAAUUGCAGGAUGGGUUGAUCUUAUUUUUCUGUUUGGUUAGAGAGAUGUGUUAAACCUGUUUUUUGUUUGGUUUAAGGGAUUAGAUGAAAUAGAGUGAACUUGUCACAUGUUUAAUUCCAAGGAUAGAUGUGGAAUGACUAGAUGUGAUUAUCUUUCCACAAUGAGUUGGUGAGGUUACCUCGUAUAUCCAAAAUAAAAUAUUAGAUACUAGGAUUAAUAUAUGAAUAACCUAAAGUAAUUAGAUAU